UUUCCUUUUUCUUUUUCUUUUUCUUUUUCCCUUUCCCGAGUCUCAUGAGGCACGCCCCGCAGGUAUCUGCAAAAGGCUUAAUUAUCACUAUUAUACAAGACGUCGACACCGCCCCAGUCAGUGGGAGCAAGUAUUAUAGUACUAACCUGUAGGCGGUACGCAUUCGACGAUGGAAGCAGGACGCGUUGCAUCCCGCCAUCGCAGCUCUCCAUCGACAAACAAAAAGGGAAGAGAGAAACAUACAGCGCCGAUAACGAUGCACUCCGCCCGCACGGCAAAUCAGCCGAGAACAGAAGGUGAUGGCGCCAAGGAUGGCCAGGGGGCUGCAGACUCGAGUCGCUUCUCACUUGCUGGUCACCGAGUUACAGCAUCCUCUACCAGUCGAGAUUGCGACACCAGUCAAUCCGAUUACCUAGCUCAUGGAAAUCCCGGCAAACCCGAUGCGACGCCUCGGCCGGGGAUAUCCACACGAUGGCGGAGGGCGCAGAAUAGCCUCCUCGUUUUUCCUCCUCUCCUUCCUUCCUUUUGUCCUCUCACCGAAGCAGCCUGUCAUGAUGUAGGAUCGCGCUGUGUCUUAAGAGCUGUAUCGUCACCAUUGCUCUUCCGACUACUUCGUGGUAGGUACAUACGCAGCUUUGUCCACGCUAAUCUUUGUGCUGGCUCGAGUGGGAUUGUUUGCAAAUCCGACGCCAAUUCUCCAACUACCAAAGUGAUCUUGCUCGUAACAUCGUAUGCGGAUGAGAAACAGAUCCAGUACCAGGUAACAAUCGACUUGACCUGGAUAUGAAAUCAGAAGUAUAAGAGAAGCAUCGCGGCGUUAAUAUUACUAGACUCACUCAUCAACCCAUCGGGAUAACCGAAUCAUCAGAAUAACUACUAACUCAUCAGGAUAAC